AUGAUCACCAAGGCGCGCCAGUCCUACCUGAUGUUCUUUGCCUUCAGGAGCACCGUCUCAAGGAUGCGCUCAGGCCCUACGGAGUCCAGUGCGGGGUGCGUUGUGCUCAGUCAGUUCCCAGCAGAUAAGUUGGAUUUGAGUCGUGGAAAGGAGCUGCCGUCUUCCAGGAUUGCGGCAUCUAUGAUCAAUGUUGGUCUUUCUAUUCCCUGGGUGGUAGCAUCGGUAUACUUGCACACCAGCGUUGGCCUCGCAGGAGAGAACAUUGAGCUCCUGGGUAAGUUGUUUCAAGCAGCUGGCAAGCUUCAGUUUCCCUGGAUAGUGGCUGCGGAUUGGAACAUGUUGCCAAGUGACGUAGACAAGUGGGCCAAGCUAGUCCACGGUGAAAUCAUCGCCUCCGGAGGGCCCACCUGCGGAGCGAGGGAGCUGGACUUCUUCAUCUGCAGCAGAGUUCUGGCCCCGUUUGCGGAAUCUGUCUACCUAGUAUCAGAGGCUCCAGCAAAGUCCCACGCGCCAGUUGCUUUGAAGCUCAGUGGCAUAGGAGUGCAGGUCAAAGUUCCUAG